AUGACGAAGAACAACCUCGAAAACGCCCUCGCCGGGCACGUCUCGGGACAGGCCAACAAGCCUUUGUCUCGUCCCGCCCAUGCUUUGACCUAUGCGACCGUCACCGCCGAGGUUGGCGCCAACUCAAUUGAUGGACUCACCACCGCCGAAGCUCAGAAGCGUAUUCAAGAGUAUGGCCGAAACGAGAUCGGAGACGGUGGCGGAAUCAACCCGGCGAAGAUCCUGGCUCGCCAGGUCGUCAACGCAAUGACUCUAGUGCUUGUCCUGGCCAUGGCGGUCAGUUUUGCAAUCAAGUCUUGGAUUGAAGGUGGCGUCGUCGCAGCAAUCGUGUGCCUGAAUGUCGUCAUCGGAUUCCUUCAAGAAUUCCAAGCCGAAAAGAACAUGGACUCGCUCAGGUCUCUCAGCUCUCCCACGGCGAACGCAGUGAGGGAUGGCAAGAAUAUCACCAUCCCCACUGCCGAAAUCGUUCCAGGCGACAUGGUUGAAGUCAAGACAGGAGACACAGUUCCCGCCGACAUUCGCUUGAUCGAAGCCGUCAACUUCGAGACAGACGAGGCGCUACUUACUGGGGAGUCUUUGCCUGUCAGGAAGGAUGCCGAGGCUUGCUUCCCCGAUGAUACGGGCCCAGGCGACCGCUUGAACGUUGCUUUCAGCUCCUCGACUGUGACCAAAGGCAGAGCCAGGGGAAUUGUCUUCGCCACAGGCAUGUACACGGAGAUAGGCACGAUUGCCGCAGCUCUCCGGACCAAAGACAGCAAGCGCCGCCCUGUCAAGCGUAACUCGAGUGGCAAGGCUGGGCCUCACCGCUAUGCCCAAGCGUAUGCCCUGACGGGCUUUGAUGCUCUUGGGAGGUUCCUUGGUGUCAAUGUCGGCACUCCUUUACAGCAGAAGCUGUCCUGGCUGGCCAUAUUCUUGCUUGGCAUCGCCAUUGUCUGCGCCAUCAUCGUCGUUGCUGCUAAUCGCUUCCGCAAUGAGCAAGAAAUCAUCAUCUAUGCCGUGGGCACUGGUCUCUCGAUGAUCCCGGCUUCCUUGAUAGUCGUCUUAACGAUUACCAUGGCAGCGGGAACGAAGAGAAUGGUGGAGAGAAACGUCAUCGUCCGGAACCUCAAAUCGCUUGAAGCGCUUGGAGCCGUGACCGAUAUCUGCUCGGAUAAGACAGGCACACUCACCCAAGGCAAAAUGGUGGCCAAGAAGGCGUGGAUUCCAUCGAGGGGUACCAUAUCUUGCGGAGAGUCCAGCCAUCCGUACGACCCAACCGACGGCAUGCUUUUCUGCAAAACCAAACAGCCACGCGAUAUCAAGCCGGACGAAGACGAGAGCAUCGAGGACGCAUCUACCUACGAGAAGCUUUUGCAUCAGAACCCGAACUUGAUGGAGUUUCUCAAGGUAUCCACCUUGGCAAAUCUCGCACACGUCCACCAAGGCGACGAUGGGUCGUGGCACGCAAGAGGUGAUCCAACGGAGAUUGCGCUGCAGGUAUUCGCAUCUCGCUUUCAACUGAACAGGACCCGUUUCACGUCCGGCGAUGUCCCAGCCUGGAAGCAGAUCGCCGAAUAUCCGUUUGAUUCCUCCAUCAAGAAGAUGUCGGUCAUCUUCGAGGAGCACCAGACUGGAAAGAGAUACGUUUUCACCAAAGGCGCCGUGGAACGAAUCAUUGACAGUUGCACGGACAUCUACCUGGACGACAUUGAAGCUGUCCCCGUCACUUCCGAGAUCAAGGACAACAUCAUUGCGAAUAUGGAGGCUCUCGCUUCUCUUGGACUUCGUGUCCUGGCACUGGCAUCCCGGGAGUUCACCGGCGAGAUCCAGGAAGGCGAUGAGCAGGCCCGCUCCGAGGCUGAGAACGGCUUAACCUUCCGCGGAUUAGUUGGGAUCUACGACCCGCCUAGACCCGAAUCCGCACCUUCAGUCAGACAGUGCCAGGAAGCCGGUAUCGUUGUGCACAUGCUCACGGGCGACCAUCCCGGUACAGCCUCUGCGAUUGCGGCAGAAGUUGGGAUUUUACCCUCUCGCAUGGAUACUUUCAGCAAGGAAAUGACAGACGCGAUGGUAAUGACGGCUGCCCAAUUCGACAAGCUCUCCGACGACGAAAUCGAUCAACUUCCGGUUCUUCCAUUGGUUAUCGCCCGCUGCUCCCCAACUACGAAAGUCCGCAUGAUUGAGGCUCUUCACCGUCGUAAGAAAUUCGCUGCGAUGACUGGCGAUGGCGUAAACGACUCCCCGAGUUUGAAGAGAGCGGACGUUGGUAUCGCCAUGGGCCAAGCUGGAAGCGAUGUCGCAAAGGACGCUUCAGAUAUCGUUUUGACAGACGAUAACUUCGCUUCUAUUCUCAAUGCCAUCGAAGAAGGCCGUCGGAUGUUUGAUAACAUUCAAAAGUUCAUUUUGCAUCUCCUGGCUGAAAACGUGGCGCAGGCCGUUGUCCUUUUGGUCGGACUCGCUUUCAAGGACAGCCGCAGCCUCUCCGUCUAUCCUCUGGCCCCUGUGCAGAUCAUGUGGGUCAUCAUGAUCACUAGUGGAAUGCCGGAUAUGGGCCUGGGCUUCGAAAAAGCAUGUGCAGGCAUCAUGGAAAGACCGCCCCAGGAUCUCAAGACCGGAGUCUUCACCCCUGAAUUACUUGUGGACAUGAUUGUCUACGGGCUCUGGAUUUCCGUCCUGUGCCUCGGGAGCUUCUCUCUUGUGCUAUGGGGCUUCGGAGAUGGUAGCCUCGGCGAAAAUUGCAACAACAGCUACAGCAACAGCAUGGGGGAGCCCAUUUGCGACACCGUCUUCCGCGCACGCGCCACCACCUUCGCCUGCUUGACCUGGUUCGCACUCUUCCUUGCCUGGGAGAUGGUAGACAUGCGCCGCAGCUUCUUCCGCAUGCAACCAAACAGCAAGCGCUAUUUCACCCAGUGGGCCCACGACGUCUGGCGCAACAAAUUCCUUUUCUGGGCAAUUAUUGCGGGCUUCGUUACCAUAUUCCCUACGCUAUACAUCCCGGUCAUCAAUCACGACGUCUUCAGGCACGAAGGCAUCUCGUGGGAAUGGGGUAUUGUCUUCAUCGCCGCGAUCCUCUUCUUCGCGGGCGUCGAAGCGUGGAAAUGGGCCAAGCGCGUCUACUUCCGCCGCAAAGAGGCAAAGGCAAUGAAGUCUGGGCUACCACUGUCGCAGCAGACAACCCAGGCUUGCGACCCGGAGAUGAAGAUCUUCGCUCAGUACGGUCUUCCGCUCACCAAUGCACUCACAGGCGACACUGCGCUGAGCAGUGAAAGAAGGCUUAGCAAAGCGGUUUCGUCAGAUACCGAGGGUGUGAAGAGCCAAUAA